AUGGCUGAAUUGAAUAGAAUACCUACCCCAGAACCACCGUCCACCGCGGUCGUGAGGGAGCCCCGACCGUCAUCCCCGCGCAAUGACAAUCACAAUUCCCGGGCGGAUGACCGCGAAGCCCUUGAGCUCCAUCAAAUUCAAACCCACGAAGACAACGAGCUGGAUUAUUCUUCCCUCUCGGCUUCAUCUGGGGAUGAGUAUCGAGUUACUACCCGCCGAACGAUAUCACGUAUGACUACACAGCGCUCGCGCAAUGUCCGCAAAACAACAGGGCUGUGGUAUCGGUUUUGUCGGUCUUGGACACACCAUGUCACUCUGACCGUGUCGCAGAAAAGUAAUCGGGACCACUUUGCUCUAGAAAGAACAUUCCUCGCUUAUAUCCGAACGUCAGUUGUCAUUGCCAUGCAAGGGGUUGUGAUCGCACAGCUGUUCCGUCUCCAAGAAUCUCCGACGGACGGAGACCGCUUGAGAUUCUACCAGGUCGGCAUCCCGCUGUCCGUUACCUGCUACUGCGUGGCUAUUAUCGUGGCGCUCAUCGGCGCAUAUCGAUUCUGGAGGCAGCAAAAUGCGAUCGCUCGUGGAAAGGUUCAUGCCGGAGGAUGGGAGUUAAAUUUUGUUGGGAUAUUAUUUGGUUUAAUUAUGCUCAUUACCCUCGUCAUCUCACUUGCCGUUAUAGCCGAGAUUGAAGAGUCGCCUAAAGAUUGGCUUCAUGGAAUCAAUCUUGCGGGCUUAAAUACUAUCAUAGUAUAA